CAAAGUUUACAAACAAAUAGUAAGUGGGCUCCACUACUUUAUACUUUACAACAAUUCAGCAUUUCUUUUCCAAUGUUGCCGCUAAUUUACCCUCUGUAACUCUGAAGCGCUCAUUGAACUAUGGACCCUGUCACCCCACUAUUUUGAAGUUUGAACCAGAUUCUUUUUAAUUACCAAAGAUUUAAAAAAAAAAAAAAAUUGAACCAACUCUUCACCUGAGCUUUGAUCUUCCGAGAAAAAUGGGGAUAUGGGAUUUCAUUUUCGGGACGACCGAUUUACUAAAACGCAACGCUCCGGAUCUAACGGCUGCGAAGAACUUGUUCUCCACAGUUUACGGUUAUGGAUCAGCCACCGUUACCCAUAUCGAUAACGCCGUCGGGGGUAACUUGAAGCACUACCUUCAGGACGAGGAAGCCCGUUCCAGGAUCCUCCAAUUGGGCACGAACAUCAUUAAACACACAACCAUCGAGGGCCUCAAAACCAUCCCAGGUUACAAAAUUUUUGCUAAUUCAAUCCGAGAGUUGAAGGAGUCCGAUAAACAAGAAGUGGAUGUGAAGGCAUUGCAGGCUGAUCUACGCAGAUUGAAGAAAGAUUUCAGUGAAUACAGGAACGAGCAUGAGCCAGAGGUGGAUGUGAAGGCAUUGCAGGCUGAUGUAGUCAGAUUGGAGAAAGAACUCAGUGAAUACAGGAAACCCCGUGAGCAAGUCCAGACAGAUAAGCCAAGUGCAGUUGGGAAUCAGAAACCGAAGUUGUGAUCAGAGUCUUUAUGAUGAAUGAGUUUAUGGGCAGGAAGUUCUUGGAUGAUCUAAUGGUUCCUUCGGUAGCACUUAGGAAGAAGUAGAAGGCAGUGCAUAAGAUAAGGUGGAGCAAUGAUCAUUGUUAAUCAUGAUUUGACCUUGUUUAAAGCUUUGUGGUUAGGUCUUGAUUGCUGUGUGUAAUUAUUCUCUCUGGUGUAUUAGGGAUGGAAGUCGUAAGAAAGUGGUCUUUUACAUUGUCGAGACUCAAAUCCAUUAGCCUUGUUUGUAAAUUAAAGGCAAUUUGGAGAUUCCAAGUCUGGUUUUAA